GAGGAGGGGAGCGACGGAUCCAUCUCUCUGUGGGCGAUCAUCUCAAAAGUCAGGCUGGAGGCCUGCAUGUGGGUAAGCCUUGCUUUGUAAAACCGGGGCUGCUUUAACCUACACACCUGCUUUUUCUGUUCAGCAGCACUCAGCAAUUGCUUACUUGGGCCAAAUGAGGAUGGCUUAACGCUGCUGCGUUUGUAUCUGUGGUACAAAGAGCUGCUUUCCUGAUCAGCCUUCUCUGCACUGGCCAUGUAGUAUUGAUCCCCUGUAGUAUUAAUCUUCAAGUUCUUAAAGGACCAACUGUUAUGAACUGCAGCGUUACACUGCAUGCAUUAAACAAUAAACCUCAAAGAAUUUGAGUUUAUAAUUUGAGGGAAGUUGCAGAUACUCUUAGAAAGGAUUCAGGCCCUGAUACCACAGCUGAGAUGUUUAUUGUGGGUUCCAUCAAUGAAUCAGAUUAAAUGCAGUGCUGUGUUACAUGUUUUUGUAUAGCAUUUCCUUUUCACUGCCUGUUUCCAUCAGGGUAAACUUUUCAUUUCAAACAGGAAAAGCAGGUUGGCUUCUAAAUGAAUCAGGAAAUGCUGCUGUUGGAACUUCCUUUCUGUUCCUUUUAUUCCCCCUGCAGUUUUGGUGUAGUUUGCUUUUUGGAUGACUUUGAUCAGUUGGUGUCUGUUUCAUUCUGGAUAGGUGACUUUCAAUCCCAGUUUAUACAGAUGUAUCUGCUGAGAACUGAACUGUGUGCCACAUUCACUUUGCUUUUACUGCUGGAUUCCUGUUCUGGGUGACCACUUAAUUGGUAAAUUUGUGGUUGUCAAAUUCAAACGUACAGAGGGGAAAUCCUGAAUACAGAUAACAUUUACUGUCUGCUCUCAUGUUCCCAAAUACCUCCUCGUGGUACAAAAAGGUAUCUUAAGGCAACUUUGGUCACUGCAGCUUUUAAAAUGAUCAGCAGCUGCACUGCUUACAGGAAUGAGGUUUAGGCUGCGCGCAUCAUGGAUUCGACCCAUGUCAGAGAAAGUAAAGUACAGCUCACAGUGUUUGUGUGGAGUGAUGUACAAAAUCCAUUGUGAUUUUAAUAAUGGAAAAAGUGGACUUGGAGCUCUCUUGAGAAGCAAAGUAUAUCUUCAUUUUCAGUCUUUCUAAUGAGAGGACAGAUUUCCCUGAAUGCUUGAUGAGUGGCUGGAGAUACAAGUACUUAUAAGACCAUAAAUAUAAGCUUUUUUUUCUCUUUUUAUUUUGCUGCUGCUCUGCUUCUGCUUGAGUUUGUUUAACGCAGACAAAAAUGGCACUUACAGUCAUGUUUCUAGGGCUGCAAAAUACAAACGCAACUGAGGGUAAACACGCGUUGCUUAAUCUUCAGCAUCUAAAAUAAUGGAACAGUGAUGAGAAUUAAGCUCAGCAAUGAAUUAAUAGCACUGCAAGCACUGAAAGCUUGUGUCCUUCAGAGGACAACAAGUGGUACCUCCAGUCUUUCGUGAGAGCAGCAUUUCUGGGUCCAGGCUGUGGAAAGGAGAAAGGCACUGGAGCAACCCAUCCCCCUCCCCGCCUCCCCUUCUCGCCUUGGAGUUCCCUGCCCACCACCUUUCUGCUGACCUCUGUCUCCACUCACUUUUCCCCCGGGACCAUCCCCGUCUCUCAGUGGUGUCUAGUGUAAUGUUAUGCUUUCUUGGAAUGUUUCAUGAGUACAUAAACAUUACUUGCUAAUUUCCUGUAAGCCAGAUCAUGUUGGCGACUGCUGCUGCUUCUUCUAGUGCGUUUCUUUUGUGUCAUGAUUCCAGUUAAUGUUUCAUGGAAGCUGUUGGAGAAACUUACUCUGGGUUCUGCCGUAUCUAAACCAGAUCCCACUGAACUGGAAAGCAAUGGCAGCUUCCAGAAAACAAAGCAAGAUGAGCUUUUACAACUCAGAACCUUACUAAAAAUACUUGAUUUGAAUUUGUUUUCAGCUUGGAAGUGAAAUGGGGAAUAAUCAGAGUAAUUCCUCAUCUGAGCUUCAUUGAUUGAACUCUUUUUUUUAAUGGAACUGGGAACUAAUAAUUGGAUGUAGUGUCUGAGUGUAUCAUGAGAAACAGUGGAUAAAUGCAAAAGCAAAGGAGUGAUUGGCUGUGUGCAGAUGUGCUCCUUGCACAGCACAUGGAGCCCCGUGAGGAAGAGGUGCAGUAGCACUGCCAGCCUCUUUCCUUCAGCCUUGUAAAGUGAAACGCUGUCGAAAGGCUGCAGAGCCAAGAGCUGGCUGAUCUCCUGGAUUGUUUGGAAGGAGACAGGAGAGUGGUAGGAAUAUAAGAUUUCAUGUAAAACGUUGAAAGCAGGACGGUCCCACCGGGGCACUCUGCAGAGCUCUGCCUGUAAAGCUGCCCAGGCUGAGUAUCCUGCCAGGCCUGAGUGCAGGGAUUGCUCUGCAGAAGGGAUUGGAUUCAGAUCACAAAAACAUCAGCAUCUGUUCCAGCUGACCUAAACCAGGUACAGCUUUUUCCAGAGAUGAAAAUCAUUACUGCUCCCCUGCAUGUCAGUGAUACUCAUUUCUGUUGAUAAUGAGUGUUGCUGGAAUUAAAUACCACCGUAUCUAAGGAAUUAUUAGGUGAAAUGGAAAGGAUGGUUUUAAAAAUCACUAUAAAAAUUGGCUCCACCAGUCCUGGCCUGCAGAAGGACUCCCCCAAACAAUCUGCUAGGUAGGUGUAUGCCAGUUUUCACAGCCUGCUAUCCCACAGGGGCAGGGUAUUCAAUAGUGCCCUACAUUUUUAAUGUGUUGCAGCUUUCCUUUUUCUUUUCUUUUUUUAUAAGAAAGGAGGGGAGAGAAUAAAAGCACUUAAUUGCUGGGGAUUAGUAGGACAGGCGGACCGGGAUGAAAUCAGUUUGAACGACUCUUUCUAGCAGAGUCAUUUCCCCAUUUCCUUUUCUGAAUAUACUGUGUAAAAGAAUUUCGCUCAGCAUCUAUUUGCUUUUCCAGUUUGCUGUUAGCAGAACUUGCAUCCCAUGUUAAAUAGAGAGCUAAUGUUACAGAAAGCAGUUAAAUAGUUACUGGGUUGUAUCCUUCAUUCCUUGCUUUAUUUUUUUUCCUUAAACACACGUAGGGAACCUAUGUUGGGUAGCCCUGAAAUCAUAUGAUAUUGUUGCAGCUCGGGGAUGUUUUGUAAUGAGCAUGUGACCGAUCCACUUUAAUGAAAGUUCACGUCCAGUACACGCAUGCAAACCUCUUCCUCAGCUAACAGAACGAAGCCAAGGCGAAUUGGCAGAGCCCGGAGGAGCAAUGUGACUUUUUGUUCUUGCAUCACCCUGAGAACAUAACCUCAAGUGAAUUUUUCUGAGCCGUCGUUGCUACUGUGUGCAGACUGAUCUCCCCCCCGUGCCAGCAGCAGGCAGAUUAAUGAAGUUCAGCUUGUUGCACCCGUUUGAGUUUUUCUGCUGUGGAAAACGAGGCGUAAACGUGAGAUGCUGCGCUUAAAGUGAGACCUCAGCAGUUGGGGUAACUGCAGAGAAGGGCAGCAUGGAAAGCCACAACCUGUUGGUUUGGAGUACCCACAGCAGCUGGAAUUCUCCCUCGCGUGCAGCUGCAUAUAGAGUGGGAACAAAGGAAAUUGAAAGGCUUUUACAUAGCUUCAAAGGGAUAGAAAAGCAUUUGUUACUCACUCCUGACCCUAAGAAAGAAAAGCCAUCUGCGUGCAGCUCAGUUUUAGCACUUUUCCAGUGUGCUGCCCGACUAUUGUGUGUUACCUGUCCUAUAUUUAAACUAUUCUGAGUUUAAUCCAAGUUCCUGUUUCAUUAGCCUCUGUUUAUCCAUAUGUUCAGUCUCGGUUGUCUCUCUUUUCUAUUCUUUUUCUUUGGUUAAACUAAAGUUGUAUUUACCCACAAGACUGAAAUGAGUCAUUUGAUGUCCUGAGAAAACAAAUAUAAUUUUCCUGUGGUGAGAAAGGAACCGUGCUUUCAUCUCUAGUUCUCUUGGCUUUCUUUAUCCCAUCUUAAGGAGAGAGAAAUCUCCAGAUCGAGCUUUGCUUAACCUUAUUUUCCUUGCUCGUAGCUGUAGUAAAACUUGACCCUGUUUUCUAAUAAACACUUGCACGAGGUCUCAUGACUUUGUGAACCGUAAGUAAACUGCAUGACGGCGCAGGGGAGGAGUUCCCAGAUGGUUCUGCAGGCUGUGCAGGAGCUGUCACAUGCUGGCAAGUGUGCCUGGCUCUGUGCAGGAGGGUGCUGGCACAGCCAUUGGAGAGCUGCCUCCGUAUUUUAUGGCAAGAGCAGCCCGACUCUCUGGUGCUGAACCUGAUGAUGAAGAGUACCAGGAAUUUGAGGAGAUGCUGGAACAUGCAGAGACUGCACAAGAUUUUGCUUCCCGGGCUAAGCUGGCUGUCCAGAACCUGGUGCAGAAAGUUGGGUUCUUCGGCAUCUUGGCCUGCGCCUCCAUUCCCAACCCUCUGUUUGACCUGGCCGGGAUAACAUGUGGACACUUUCUGGUUCCCUUCUGGACCUUCUUUGGGGCCACUCUGAUUGGGAAAGCAGUAAUUAAAAUGCACAUCCAGAAACUCUUCGUUAUUAUAACAUUCAGCAAACAUAUAGUGGAGCAGAUGGUGUCCCUCAUCGGUGCUAUUCCAAGUAUAGGUCCUUCUCUUCAGAAACCAUUUCAAGAAUAUUUGGAAGCUCAGAGGAUAAAACUCCACCACAAACCCGACAGCGGUGUGCCGCAGGGUGAAAACUGGCUGUCAUGGAUGUUUGAAAAAUUGGUGAUUGUCAUGGUUUGUUAUUUUAUCUUAUCUAUAAUCAACUCCAUGGCCCAAAGCUAUGCCAAACGGCUGCAACAGAAGAUGUACUCCGAAGAGAAAACCAAAUGAGCUUGGAAAAAGAACUGGGAAUGGGCUUUAGCAGACACAAAAAGUGACGCUUCUUUCCAUACGUUUAAAAUUCAGCAUUAUUCAAAACGGGGGAAAACUUUUUAACAUCAACUUUGAACUAAAGCGGGUUUUUAUUUUAUUUUGAAAAUAAUUUGGCCAUUAGAACAGACGUUUCAGUGGCAAACUUAUAGGUGUUAAGGUAAGGUAUGAAUGCUUUAUACGUCUGAGUUGUAUUAUAUGGCAUGGACAAGGUGAUGUUAAAUUGUGUUUAACACAGAUGUUGUCCAUCCGAAUUACUUCCAAAACCGACGGUUUAGUAUUUCCUGAUUUCAUUUCAGACUGACCUAAGGGUAACCUUUAUUUUGAAGGGCGGCUCUCUUGCUUUUUUACCUUAACUUUCAAGACUAUCAAGAUGUAUAUAAAUGAAUACAAAUUGGAUAAAAACUGUUGCAUGUCCCUCGUGGUAAGGUUAUUCCAUUUGAAUUCUCCAGUGUCCCAUUGCAUUGCACGUGCUCUUGGUUGGAAAAGCCGCCCUUUAAUCGUCACGAUGUUAGCAGAGAUGAUUGAUGUCAAAAUGCUGAAGCUGACAUUUUUUUAUUCUGUAUAUUUAGAAUGAAAUUAAGAUAAAACUUUAUAAAGUCAUCUUUGAUCAUUCCAGAA